CACCAAAUAAAAAUAAUGCCUGUCGAAGGAUUCAAAGUAGACACCUCCAAGGCUGUCGGCCAUGUUUUUGCCCUGGAUAAAGUCAGUUGCAAUCGUCGCGACUUCAUCCUUUACGCCCUGGCAGUCGGUGUCAAGGAAGAUGAAAUGAGAUAUGUUUACGAGAACGAUAAGAACUUUGGCCCUCUCGCUACAUACCCUCUUGUGCUGUCUCUCAGAGGCAAUGUUGGUGACGUUAACGUUUUUGCUGAACGUAUGAAAGCCGGAGGUGACUUACCCGGUAUGCCACCUUACGACCCAAACAAGAUUGUUCAUGGAGAGCAAUCUCUUGAGGCUGUCAAUCCCUGGCCUGCUAAUGGAGGUGAAUUUAUUCUCAAGAAGACAUGCUCGGGUGUCUAUGACAAAGGUUCCGGUAUGGUUGUAGAAACUACAAUGGACAUUUACGGUGAGAAGGACAAUGUACACUACUGUCGUAUGUUGACCAAGUCGUUUGUACGCGGCUAUGGUGGUUGGGACGGACCCAAAGGACCCAAGGCUGUCUCCUACAACCCUCCUAAGCGCAAUCCUGAUGCUAUUGAAGUUUUCUCUACUUCCCCCAACCAGGCUCUCUUGUAUCGACUCUCUGGUGACUACAACCCUCUUCAUGCUGACAUUGAGCUAGCCCCAAAGGUUGGGUUUCCCAAGCCAAUCCUCCAUGGUCUUUGCAGCUACAGUGCUUGCGCACAUUCUAUUAUCAAACAUUUUGCCAAGAAUGAUAGCAAAUUGUUCAAGUCUAUUGAAGCCCGCUUUGCUUCUCCAGUAUUCCCUGGCGAAACCGUUGAGAUCUACAUGUGGAAGGUAGAUGGUCCUGAUGCAAAGAUCGACGCUGUAAUCUUCGCUGCCAAGGUCAAAGAAAGAGAUGCUAUAGUUAUUAACAACGGUUAUGUUACCCUGCACAAGAAUAUUCCCCAAAACAAGCUCUAAUGUCUAAUAAAUAUUUUUUUUUCGUUAUU